AUGGCCAAAUGUAUCGCAUCCAACAGCUUGGGGGCCGCGCCUGACACAUACCUAUACGCUCUUGCCCACUGCACAGCCGGGAACGUCAAAACCCUCGCGACCAUCGGCUCCGACGACACCCUCCGCCUCUUCGACCCCAACUUGAAGUUGUCCCAAGCUACGUCAUCAUGUCACGCCGGCGUGACCUGCCUGACCUCCAGCGACGACAACAGCAGCAACGUCCAAUUCCUCACCGGAGGCCGCGACGGUCUCGUGCGGUGCUGGGACCCACGCUCGCGGGGACACAUCGCACAAGCCUCCGACCCGCGGGGCAAUGGCAUCGCAUCGCUAGCCAGUCGCGACCGCUUCAUCGCCGUCGGCACAGAGAGUCUCAAGGAAGGCCUCGGCGACGUGAGCGUCCUGCUCUACGACACGCGGAACUUCACCGCGCCCAUCCGCCAGUAUGAAGAAUCCCACACGGACACCAUCACGCAGCUGGUGUUCCAUCCGACACAACCAAACUUGCUCCUGUCCGGCAGUACGGACGGCCUGGCCUCGAUCUUCGACGUCGAACAAACCGACGAGGAGGACGCCCUCCAACAGGUCCUCAACCCGCGAUCGGCGGUGCACUGUGCGGGAUUCAUCGCCGAGGAUCAAGUCUACGUGAUAUCUACCGACGAGCAGUAUUCCAUCCAUACCCUGGCCAAGACGUUGUCCGAAGACGAAGAGGUCCCGCCGCCGAUUCAAUUUGGUGAUAUGCGCGAACGCCUGCAGUGUACUUAUGUGAUUGAUGUGGUGCUACAGAGCAGUGGCGGCCCACCCUUGAUUGCGCAUGGGAACGCGGAAAGUGGGAAGCUUUCGUUGACGUCCCUGGGAAGUCCGGGCUCGUGGGCUUUGGGUCAGAGCAUCGACCUUCCGGAUGCGCAUGGCUCGGAGAUUGUUCGUGGAGUGCUCCUGGAUGCUGGCCUCACGUACACGUGUGGUGAGGACGGCACAGUGAAGGUUUGGAACGUGGGUCAAUGA